GGGGCCGUAUUAGUGAUGCACUGUGCGUGGCACUUUCUCGCAUUUCCUGUUUGUGAGCAGAAACAAUGGUUCGGAGUCGCAGCCGGUCGCCGGAGAGACGGAGAGAGCGUAGGCGUUCGCGAUCUACUUCCAGGGAACGUGAGAGGAGGGCGCGGCGAGAGCGCUCCAGGUCCCGGGAGAGGCGUAGAAGUCGCUCACGUUCCCCACACAGACGUCGUUCAAGGUCUCCCCGCAGGCCCAGGUCUUCCUCACUAUCCCCUUUAAGACUUAAGGAUAGGCGUGAUGAAGAAAAGAAGGAACUUAAAGAAGGCAAAGGGGCAACCAAGGAACGGGAAAUGACUGAGGAAGAUCUUGAGGGGAAAACAGAAGAGGAGAUUGAAAUGAUGAAACUAAUGGGGUUUGAUUCAUUUGACACCACCAAGGGGAAGAAAGUUGAUGGAUCUGUUAACGCAUAUGCAAUAAACGUAUCUCAAAAGCGAAAAUACAGGCAGUACAUGAACAGAAAAGGAGGUUUCAACAGACCACUGGACUUCAUUGCCUAAUGUAUAAUACCUUGAUUGCUUCAAUAUCCACUCUACACAUUGUACUGUAGCGAUUUAAAAAAAAAAAAAAGGACUAAAAGGCACAACUGUUUUCCAAACCUGUCAAGUCUUCCAGUCUGCUCCUUUUUUAUUUAUUUUUUUAAUACUUGGCAGGAAAGUUGAUCCACUAAUUCUACUCAAAGACCUUUUCUGACUCUUCGUUUAGAUUGCAUUCAGUGGAAUGGUUCAUGGGCUUCUUGUGUUGUAAGUGAAGAGUUACCACGGCACCCAGAUGUUUGUGAAUCACUUUUAAUAGAAAUACAUUUUACAUAAUCCAAUAAGAAAGGACUCCUUCCCUGGGGUAAUGUGUUUGAAUUAAACUAUUUAAUUGCGGUCAGAUGUAGAUUGAAACCAGUACAAUUUAUUUCAGUUGUCCAUUUUUCUAGUGUGUGUAUAUAUUUUGUCUUAUGAUGAAUAAAAGAAAAUGUUACAUGGUAAA